AAUGCCCUUGAGAUGGCACUGUCCCUAGAUGAUAAGCAGGUUAUUUGGAUAUGAAUAAGCAUCUUUUCCUUUCAAGUUGUGUACAGGAAUUUCUUGUGAGGAGUUCCGCAUUGCCACAUAUUGGAUCUCUCUCUCUAUCUCUCUCUCUCUCUCUCUCUCUCUCUCUCUCUCUCUCUCUGUGGGAAUCUAAUCUAACCCGUGAAGGUACACAUGCAGUAUGUGAAGCAGGUCUUCAUGUCUUGCGGUAAUUUUGCAUGGAAGAAACAAUUCUUCUAUAUCCUUGCUCGACAUGGUAGUAUCACCUUUGAGCUUGAUCAAGAGAUGGUUCCAGAUGACGAUGAAAGAAAGGCAUUGGAGGAACUCGUCGACAAUAUUAAAGCAGCAAGAUCUCUUUUUGUUAAAAAUAUUAACUUCGAAACCUCUGAGGUGGAUUUGAGAAGCCAUUUCGGCAAAUUCAUGGAAGCGAGGAAGAUUCUUAAUGUCUCGAUAAAAACGUACAUUUCGAUGGGGAGGCAAGUUUCAAGAGGUCAGGGGCAAAUAGAAUUUGAUUCAGUGAGCACAGCCACCAAUGUUCGCCAGAUUUUAAAUAGAACCAUCUUAGAUGGACGUGCGCUUAUUUUACAACUUUGCCGACCGGUUGAACCAGUGCCGAGUUCAACCACGUUGUUUGUGGGCAACAUUGCUCCUUCGGCCACUGAAGAGGAUAUAAGGAAGAUUUUUUGCCCGUUAGGGAAGGUGAAGAGUGUGACGCUGCCACUGCCGCCUUUGGGAACUAAAAGACGAAUCGGAUUUGUGGAGUACUCAGCAGAGCAGGAGGCACAGAGUGCUCUGCGAAGGCUGGGGGACACCUAUCUGUUUGGAUGGCGUUUGGUAAGUCAUUUUCAAUUACUCCGAAAAAUGUCCUACAAAGCUGAGCUAUAACUGUGUUCAGGUGAUAGAAAAAGCUAGGGAAAAGAAAAACAGAGGUAAUCAAACAGUCCGGCGAAGUUAAUGAGGAAGACGAGGAUCGAUUGAACUGCAACAGAAUGGCUGCAGGUGGGAGAAUUGGUUGAAGAUACAGUACCACACAUCAUUCUUUGGUUGACCUUACACGUGUAUUCAGGAAUAAGCUUUGCAGGAGUCGGGAGACCAAUACUAACAUUGCAGCGUAAUAUAGAGUUUUGAUCGCUUAGCAGGAUAUCUUACUUACCCGUUUGUUUGGAAUUCUUGCCGUUGGACUUGUGUUCUACUAAGCACAGCUAAGUUUACGUCGCUGGCUUGUAGUUGGACGUGUGACGUGGCAGUGCACCAUGAUUGAACAUCUGAGUAACAUGCUUGCAUCAUGAUUGAAUGUCUUAGUAACAUGCUUUUUCGUAACAAGGACACACGAUUCGCGUUCGGGGUUUUGUCAAUUUUCGUUCGUAUUCAA